UAAAAAAUAGUUCUCGCGGCGUCUCGACUUCAGAUUUCCUCACCUCCGAACCCAACGUAUCGUAAUAAAAAAGUACGAAUUUCAUUCAUAACGUAAAAACGCUCGGAGGUUUUGCUUGUCGGAAUGUGGUAAAAGAAAAAAUGUUGAAAAUCUUAGCUUCAAUGGUUAAAUAUCUCAAGUAAAAUGGGCAAACUUACGCGGCACUUCGUACACGAGCCCUUGUCGAGUGAAUCCAUGCGUGAGUGCGUGAAUCCACGCCACCCAUAGUGCUGCUUUUUGCACACGUAAAAAUAUAUUCAUACGAGUGUGCGCGUGUGUCCGCAAUAUAUAAAUAUAUAGGGAACGUAUCGCUCGGGCGAGAUCGCGGCUGCCGCUGUCGCGUUUCUGUUGCACGAGCGCGCACGUGGAUCCAUUUAGAUAAAUAUAGAAGCUAUAGGGUGUUUGGUGACACUAUCGCUGAAUAAAUACAGUCUGCUGUGCUCUCUGCCGUAUAUCCACCCACAUAUUAUAGCAGAAAGCGAGGACGUGAGAAUGAUUGGGACGGAGAAAGAGAGAGAGAGAGAGAGAAGGAAAGAGCACGCGUUCGGUUGCUCGCCUCUGACCACGACGAGGCUCCGCCAAGAGCGUGUCAUUGAUGUUUCGAGACUGAUUUUUCCGGCUGCUUUUCAAAAGUGAAAACGACCAUCGCGCUAAACGUUUUCCAGGACGUUCUCGUCGCGAUCGAAUGCCACUAAAUCUGUUUCCAAGUGGUCCAACAAAUAAAGCGGACUCAUAGUCACCCGAUUGACGAUCGUCGGAGUAUUUUUUUACGUACAAUCGUUGCAAACGUUUCUUCGACGAGAGCAGCGAGUUUUUCCCCUCGUUCUUUCACGUUUGUUGUUUCGUGACGACAGUGCCGGGAGAACGUGUAUUACUACUGUGUCUGUGUGUCCGUGUUCCCCUUGUGUUCUCGAAAUAAAGUCCGGCACGAGCAGGAGAGAAGAAUCGCGAGGGCGUGCACCGUGCGCUCUAGUGUGUGCUCGCGGUUAUGCAGCGUCCCAACACCAUCGCGCCGAGUCUUCGUAAUGUGAGGUCAGCGGAUAUUUCAUCCGCGUACGCCUGUGAAACUUUACAUGUGUUUCAAUUUCGAAAUCGUGACAACCUGGCGGACGGCUCGGAGCGUGACUCCCCUGGGAGCUGUGGGGGUGGAAACGCCGGUGGACGAAGACCUCUCGUCUCCAUCAUCGAACACCUACGCUCAUCCAAAAGCAGAUUCUACAAUGGUCUCGUGAAAGCCGAAUUUCCAGAGAGCGAGCCUUUCUUUGUCGCUGAUUUUGGACGAACGACGGAGUGGAGAUGUCCGCGGCUCGCUGAGAGAAUGAGGGAGCUGGACACCGAGAGCCCCGUCGUCUGGCCAGCUUGGUGUUAUACUGGUGAGGUGUCGGGUGAAACCGUAUCCGCGGGUACAGUACCACGCAGAGGUGACCGCGUAGAAGCGGCCGAUCUGGGGAGACACAAUAAUAUUACGGAGAGGAGUGACGUGGCCACCCUGGCCGCUAACACAGCGAUAGACGCGAGAGGCGGAAGCCCUCAGGGGGCUCACCUCUCGGGAGCGGCAACUCCAAGACCACCCCGUAGCAGAAGGCGGUUGAACCAAAACGGCAUCGAUACAACUCAGGUUAAAACCGAGAGACUCACUCCCGAUAAUAAUUCGACGUCUUCGCGUAGCGUAACGCCAUCCUCGUCGAGCCAUCCUGGUACCCCACCAAAUGCAACGACACUCGGUGGACCGGACGGCCCACCAGCGCCUCAUCAUCUCAAACACAUGGAACAGAUGAUGGGACGCAAUUAUAGCGAUUUCAUGAGAAGCCUCGCUGCCAAGUACAACAACGCCAAUCCGAACGACUACUUCAGUACACCUCGAAACGGCUAUCCUCCGGGUCUCGAUCCACGAUUUCCCGCAUUCAAAACUGCCGCCACGCCAUUCGUAGGUCUUAUGGCACCGUUGGGCACACCUCAGCCGCCCACGGUACCAACCACCUCACCUCUUUCCGUCAAAGACCCCGGCAAGGAACCAAAGCAGGACAAUCUCUUUGGCAAUCCGGUUUUUCCCCCUAUGCUCGAUAUGUCCUCGACGCAGGCUUUGCUUCACAUGGUGAGAACCGCCAAUGCCGCACAAAAUGCUGCCGAACUCGAGACCUAUCUCAAGGGUGCGAACAAACGCGACGUCGGUGUCACGAGUCCCCUCGAUCUCUCGAGUCCCGGAGGUUUCGCGCCACGAAAAAGGCAACGAACUGAGACCCGGAGAUCGGGAAGUGUAUCGCCAAAACCAAAGGCAACGGUAGUGCCGAGACCAAGUACACCGCCACCUGUGAGAUGUCCGUCUUUGUGCGGUCACAUGCCAUGCGGCGACGGCCAAGCCGUCAAUCGCUGGACGGUCGAGGACGUCGUCAGUUACGUGUCAUCGAUCGAGAUCUGCGCGGAGUAUGCACCGAAUUUUCGCGAGCAUCGUAUAGACGGUGCAUCGUUACCCCUUCUCUCGGAGGAUCACCUGACGGGUCCGAUGGGUAUGAAAUUGGGUCCGGCGUUGAAGCUCAGAGCCCUCCUGGCGAGGAAGCUUGGUGCGUGUACGGUGUGUCUUCACUGUGCGCACUGUCACCAAACACCGUUGCCGGCGUUGAGUGCGGCGGCGGCUGCAGCGACGGCAGCUAAUUCGACACAGCCAUCCGGUCGACGACCAAGUAGCACGGGUAACUGACAAACAAUGGCGGAGACUCCAGGACUCGAGAUAGAUCCGAAUCGAGCAUUGCGAAUCGAGCGUCGCGUUUCCCGAUCGGUCCGUAAGCCCGACGUCGUUUUCAAAAAGCCGAUCAAACAGUGACGAACGUGCGCGCGUGUGUGUGCUGCCGUUGCACGCUCACGAGGACAAUAACUUUCAUCGAACAAAAAUAAAACGAAAGGAAAAGAAAAAAACAAGUGAAAGGUGACACACGAGCGCCGGAUGAAUGAUCGAUCUAUGGGAAAACAAAAAUAACGAAAACAAAUACGCAUAAAACUGGAGAGAUUCUUUAUAGGGAAACGUAUUCGAAAAGUGGAGACUCCGCCUGAGAGAAAUAAAUAUAUGUAUGUAUAUGAACAUAUAUAUUCGAAAAAAUGUUGAAAAAACGGUACCUACGCUCUUUCGAGCAGUCGCAGGAUUGACGUACUAAUUUUAAGGUCGUUGAUCCUUCAGGAUGUACUUAAGAAUAUAAGGAUUGCGAAUGUGUGCUUGACGAUCGGAAAUUUUCGCUGAAAGUUCGGAUAUAAUCGAGGAUAAAUGGUUUGGAAAAUGGAGAAAUUCAUUGCAAAGUGAUGUAAACUGAGCAAAGGGUGAAAAAAAUUGAGGUUUCAAUCGAGAAAUGCGUAAUUCAUUGAUGAUGCGUGAUCAAUCAAUAUUUAUUUGAUAAAAUAUUUUUCGUAUUUAUCGAGUUACUGAAUAAUAAACGUGUUACACGAGUGUCAAACGUGAGAACGAUUUUAUUAAGCCGCAAAUAAUUAAUCGUGAACCGUUGACGCAAGAAAUAAUGUUCUCUCACAGCGAGAGAUUAAGAUCAUUAGUGACAAUAUAAAUACACAUGGAUAUAUUUUAUGUAUUUAUAAACGAGCGAGAGAUAUCCAUUCAGUAAAAUGAAUGCGCUCGCGAGCCAACACCAGCCACUUGCUGUUUUUAUGAUCGUCUCGAAUUGAAACGUCCCGCGGUAACAGUUAUUUUCCUCAAUGGUCAAUGCGAUCAAGAAUCAAUGCGAUCGCGAUAACGAGUUUGUCAACUAUCGGAACAAUCCCACGAACUGUUUACUCCGACGGUUACGCGAUCGCGUCUCAUUUACUCGCCACAUGAACUAGCCCAUUAUCUCGAGUUACAAUCGCAAGUCUGCGAAAGUGCGAUACGGAAAAUUGCAUCUUCAGAUAAUUCUCACUGGCAAAGUUUCGGUGCAAAAUACAAAAACGUACUGUAAAAUCAUUCAGGAGAGAAGCAAUAUUGUGAGGAGAAAUUUAUGGGAAAAACUGUCAUUGAUUCAUUUUUCUAAUGAGAGAUUAAAACGAUGAAUAAGAGAAAAUAACCGAUCGUCAGUAGUAAAAAUGUAUGGAAGAGUACAAGAGCGAGUGAGUGUGAUAGAGUGAAAAAAAUGUAUAAAAAUAGAUAAGAACAAAGCGAAGUGCCCUGUUUGAAGCGAAAACCAUGUGCAAUAACAAUAAUUUUUCGACUCGAUAUAUAUAAAUGUACUUUUUAUCCUUAGGGGUUACGUACUUGCUCAAAUCGUUGUUUCUUUUAUAUAUUUUAACAAAGUUUUCUUUUUCCUUUCCUUCUUUUUUUUAUAUACGAAUGAUAAAUGAUAAAUAUACUAAAUUAUAUUUUUGCUAAUAACGCUCUACGUGAAACUGUCGAAAUGUGAGACGAAUCGAAAGAAGUAUAACCCGACAAGAGGAAAGCUUAAAAAAACGAAAAACACACACACACACACAAACACACACAUAUGCACACAGAACAGAGUUACUAACGCAAAGAAUGGACAAUAAAUUAUGCAGAGUAAAAUUAAAUUAAAAUCGAGUGCGAGUGACAGCAACGAUAAAUUAAGAUGUUGAAACCUUUUUACGAAUUAAGACAUUCAAGGAUGAGUCGAGAGUUGUACAGUUUUAUUUCCAGCAGUAACACUUAUUUAUUUAGAAUAUGACCGCUGCCUUAUUGUAUUCACGUAUAACUGAAGUUCAACAGACGUAAAUGGCAGUGAGUAGGCUGCGAUAACUAUUAAUUGUACACACGAGAAAUUCGAAGAUGCUUUAAAAGUAACAGGCGCAAUGAAGAAAGCAUGAAACAAAAAAAAUAAAAGAUUUGAGAGUUCGUACGACGAGCAGUAUUUUUAGAUUUACAUUAGCCUGAAUUUACUGCAGAGCACAUAUAUACAUAUAUCAAUAAAUAAAUAUGUUAACAGCUGGAGUCGAUUUCAAGCAGGGAAACUCGUUUUUCCUGGACUAACGUAAUACCCCGGGGACUUGAACUGAUUUAUUCGACAAGCGUCUUUAGUCGAAAGCAUAUUUAUCUAUUAUCAUUUAAAAUAAAGUGUAUACACAAAAACAACUGUUACGAUUAUCGAAAAAAUGGAUUGCUGAGGGUCUUCGAAUUUGAACGAGAGAAUAAAAGAAAAAGAGUGAAACGUUCAGUAAUAAUACCGGGUGCUUCGUCGCAAAUCUGAUGCGAUAUAUUUUUGUAAAUAUAAAUUCUCGUUGCGUCUUGAGUACAGAUACGAAAAAAUCUUCGUUUCUUUAUCGCAAGAGAUCAGAGCUUAUGGACUGAGACCCGAUAACAUCUCGUGAUUAAUCUCAGUUGUUUUUUUUUUCUCACGUUCUCUUUUCGUUGAAAAAACGAAAGAAAUCCUAAUCGGCAAAGUUGAUGGAAAGUUGUUGAAGAUUAAAGUGUAAGUACGGAGUGGAAGUGACAAAACAAAAAACUUCAGUUGCAGUGCGGCUUUUACUUGAAUUUUCAUAUAUUUAUGUACAUAUCCCGCGCUUAGGCAUUUAUUUAUAUAUUUUUAUUUUUAUCCGAAGCCACACAGAGAAAUAAGAUGAUGCGAGAGAAGAUCAAUUUUAUUUUAGCACCCGAGGGGAUAUCGACGAGCACGUUUUGUCGAAUCAUCGAAUCCACCAAUAAACAUACACAACCACACACACGCAGACACACUCAUGUACAAAUAUAUAAACAACUACAAAUAGACAUUUUUCUGUGUUAUAACGUCGAAGAGUUACGUAUAGAAGAUAAAAAAAUUUCAAGUAACGAGUAA